AUGGGGAACGGGUUUGCAGUGGAGCUAACGAUGGCGGCUGUAGCUGUGGGCGCGACAGAUCCGGCGGCGAUGAUGGCUUCCAUGACGGUCGGCGCAUCUACGGUCAUGGGGCGGCGGAGCCGGCUGCGGCAUCGGCUGCUGCGGCCAUGGGGGCACCCCAAUAACUCUGGGUGGAGCCUGGCUAUAAAUACCACGCUUCUCCAUGGCGCCGUUAUUCUCGCCGUCGCCACGGUCGUGGCAGCCUGCUGUGCCGUGGCUUCCGCGCAGACCAAGUUCGGCAAGCUCGUCAUCACCGGCGUCGUGCCCUGCAACACCGGCACCCUCAUCGACGUCGCCACUUCUCCGGCAUUUCCAGACGCGAACGUGGAGCUGCGGUGCGGCGGCAACGUGGUGGCCGGCGCCAAGACGAGCCAGAACGGGUCGUUCGCGAUGGAGGCAGACAUGACCAACGCGCUGGCGGCGUUUGUGGGCGCCUGCGAGCUGGUGGUGGACACGCCGCUGGUAAAAUGCGACGGGAAGCUGCCGGCGGCGGGGGCGCUGGUGUCCUACCUGCAGGGCCCGCUCACUAGGCUGCUCAGCGGCAUCUUCCAGCUCGCCCCCGCCGGCUUCUCCUUCCGUAUGAGCUGAUCCACGGCCAUCCACCCCACGCAUGACGCCUAAGUAAUGCGUACGCAUGAGAAGUGGCAAGGACGCUAAUUAAUUACGUAUAGCUCUUACGUACCAUGCAUGCCAUGGCAGUGAUACAAAAAAUGGAACGUGUGUACCGCUAGCAGCAUAUAUGGAAUAAAGAAUCCAAGUCAUGCGUGAACUAAACACCCACUCUGAUCGAUUUUCCACUAGUAUAUUGAUGCUCUCAUGCCUGUAUCUCAAAUGUGCUAAUCAUGUCUGGGAAUUGGCAGCAGGUCAAUGAGAUUUUAUUUGAGAAUAAAGGGUUCCACGAUUUUUAUAGAACUCAGUACCUUUUAUAUCUCCACUAAUUCUGAAACAAAACACACACACAACACAUGUGUAGAAUGUGCUUGUGAAUUUCCAUCAAUAUAUAUGGGCGAAGUACCGAAUUCUAAUUUUUACUUGGUACUUCGCCAUUAUAU